CUUAUUUGAAUUCAAAGGGUGGGGCUACACAUUCAGUUAGCAAACAUUUUGUAUGUGAAAAACGCCAGAGAGAUUGAGCCAUCCAGAUAGACAGACAUGGCCCUGUAGCCAUACGUCAAAGUCGAGAUAACUGCCACAGAGCACCAGUCGGUGGACGUCAUCUAGGCAAACCAAGCGAGGCAACCUGCUGCAGUUGGCCUGGAACUUUUACAGUCAGACUACAUACCUGCAAGUAAGUCAUGGAGACCAGAACUGUCCCGAGACACGUCCCGAGCAUCACAACUUAUCCAGCUCGACAGACCGUAACAAGGAUUUUACCCAAUGACACCCCCAGUAACAUCACAGCCACCAUGGAGCACCCCACAGUCGGUAUGGCUUCCAGUAUUGAAUCAGUGGACACCAUUAUACUGGGAGUGUCUGUAAUAGCAGUUGUUGUGAUAAUACUGCUAAUUAUAACAGUGGUUCUCCGCUUCAUGGCCCAUCAGAAAGGUACAUAUUACACCCAUGAGGAGGCUUUAGCAUUUAAGAGUGACCCUGAGGUGCAGGAGGUCACCGAAGAUCCGGAAGCUUCAGAAGCUCCAGAAGAUCCGGAAGCUUCAGAAGCUCCAGAAGAUCCGGAAGCUUCAGAAGCUCCAGAAGAUCUGGAAGAUCCGGAAGCUUCAGAAGCUCCAGAAGAUCCGGAAGCUUCAGAAGAUCCAGAAGAUCCGGAAGCUUCAGAAGAUCCGGAAGCUUCAGAAGCUCCAGAAGAUCCAGAAAAUCUGGGAGAUCCAGAAGAUCUGGAAGCUUCAGAAGAUCCGGAAGCUUCAGAAGCUCCAGAAGAUCCAGAAAAUCUGGGAGAUCCAGAAGAUCUGGAAGCUUCAGAAGAUCCGGAAGAUCUGAAAAAUUCAGAAGAUCCGGAAGAUCCAGAAAAUCAGCAAGACCCGGAAGAUCCGGAAGACCUGGAAGAUCCAGAAAAAGAGGAGCCUUAGUAUCUUCUGGCGGGAAGCCUUUUGGGACGUUUCCUGUGUGAAAUGUAUCACUGUGUGCGACAGAAGGAUCUGUCUUGGUUCUUCUUCAUUUUUGCUCUCCAAUUACAUAUGCCUUUUCCAACAGAUGUCCUUUUUCGGACAGCUUCACACUCAACCACUACUAAAAUAAAACAGAUUUCCAUGUGAAGAAGCACUUGUGUGCUAACUUUGUGUUUUAAAGAGUACUUAAAUUAUAUUAAAAUGUGAGGGGUUUUUAUACUGUAAACUUUUAGCCUUAUGAAUGAACACAUGUAGAAUCUUUUAUAUUUACAUACUGUGAAGUUCUUUGCGAAUAUUAAGUGUGUUUUUCAUGAAUUAGUUAAUUUACGCUAACUUUAGUGACUGGUUCACGUGUAUCUCUUUGUAGAAUCUCCUUUGCAAAGAUUAAGACACCAGAAUUGAAUCAAACACCUCCACUUGAUUCAUUAUCCAGGUGGUUGUCAAUAGCUACUCCGAAGGUUGUCAUCACAUAUGCCAGUUGUUUUGGAACAUCUGUAGUAA